GCUAUUAUAAACUUUAUAAGCUCAAUUCGCCGCGGAAUGGUUGUUUUAAAACUACUUUUGUGAUAUAGUAGAAAGGUAAAAGCUCAGCGACUGACCAUUCGCCGCUUCCGCGAGCAACCGCCGGCCGGGAGAAGCAGCUCACCCUCGGCGUCCAGAUUUUUAAAACCGUUUAAAGAUUUAUCCAGGUAUGGCAGCAAUUCGCAAGAAGUUGGUGAUUGUAGGAGAUGGAGCGUGCGGUAAAACCUGUUUGCUUAUCGUGUUCAGUAAAGACCAGUUUCCUGAAGUCUAUGUCCCCACGGUGUUUGAGAACUAUGUCGCCGACAUUGAGGUUGACAGCAAACAGGUGGAACUUGCUCUUUGGGAUACCGCAGGGCAGGAGGACUACGAUAGGCUACGUCCUCUUUCGUACCCAGACACUGAUGUCAUUCUUAUGUGCUUCUCUAUUGACAGUCCUGACAGUUUAGAGAAUAUUCCAGAGAAGUGGACGCCUGAGGUGAAGCACUUUUGUCCAAACGUUCCCAUCAUCCUCGUCGGCAAUAAAAAAGACUUGCGGAAUGAUGAACACACACGCAGGGAGCUGACUAAGAUGAAGCAGGAGCCUGUUAAGGCAGAGGAAGGAAGAGACAUGGCCAAUCGGAUUGGAGCAUUUGGUUACAUGGAGUGCUCAGCCAAAACAAAAGAUGGCGUUCGGGAGGUGUUUGAAAUGGCCACUAGAGCGGCGCUGCAGGCACGCAGGGGAAAGAAGAGCAACAAAUGCAGUCUGCUGUGAAUACUCGCCAUUGGACUCUGUGCCUGUACUGGGGCUCAAAAAGAGUGUGUGUGAGGGGCACACUCCUAUUUACACAGUCAUACCCCCCCCCCUCACGUUCGCCAAAUGCUUUUGGGAAAGAGAUCCCACAAAAAAAGCUUUGUUUUGUCUCUUUUUUCCCCCUUUGGUCUUAUUUUUAGUCAUGGAGAUGUUUAUCAGUAUUUAAGAGAACUUGGACAAAUGGGACUUUUUUUUGAUGCUUUACCUGAAUUUGUGGUAUCACUCAAGCUUGCCCAUCUGCCAAAUGCUGUCAUGUGACCCUGUGGGCUGAUUGGAGAGGUGUGAUCCUGUGAGCUGCCAAUCAACACUUUAGCCCAUCCCUCAUAUGCUGGGCUUUUUUUCUGCAACAUGAAACAGGGCUGAACUUGAUUGUUUCUGUAUGUAUGAAUAAUUUUAAGAUUUUCUUUUAGAUCAGGCCAAGUUUGGGAUUUUAGAACAAAAGUACAAAAUAGCUAUUUUAAAGCAAAAAAGGGGCAUGGGGUGGGUGGGGGGUUGAUAUGUAUACAUACCUGUACAUAUAAACGUGUGUAUUUAUAUGUACACACAUUCAGGACUGGAAACCGUAUUUGUAAACUAGACUUGGUAAUCUUGUGUAAUAAAAGAUGUUCUAUAAGGAGCAACUCUGUGUUUGCGUGCGUGCGUGCGUGUGCCUGUGUGAGUGUGAGAGAGAAUGAUCAGGUUCAUGUGUAAACCUUCACAAACUAGCAGAAUGUAAAUGAUGCGAGCAGAAAAAUACCAUUUGUUUCCCCUUCCUUUUUGUAAGUAGUGCAUUAAAACAAUACACUUCUGUUGUUUACUCUUUACAGACCUGCUAUUCAUAAAGUGUAGACAUUUUCAAGAAUGUUCACACUUCUCUUUUUUUCAUGAAAUAAAAAAUGAUAAUCAGAGACAUCAA